GGGGGGAGGAUGAAUCCGGCGGAUGGAGGAGGAGAAUCGGGCCCGGACGGCCUGGCGACGGCAGAUUCUGGUAAAGCCGAUUCUGUCCGGGCGGUCGAUGUGCUGACGGUGCUCAGAGAAAAGGUGGCCUUCGUGUCGGGUGGAAGGGACAAACGAGGCGGACCAAUACUGACCUUUCCAGCCAGGACCAAUCAUGAUCGAAUAAAACAGGAAGAUCUCAGUAGACUGGUUACCUACUUGUCAACUAUACCGAGUGAGGAUGUGCGCGCUCGUGGAUUCACCGUGGUUGUGGACAUGCGAGGCAGUAAGUGGGACAGCGUGAAGCCGGUGCUGCGAACACUGCAGGAGUCGUUUUCCUCCAACAUCCACACAGCGCUGCUCAUCAAACCUGACACCUUCUGGCAAAAACACAAGACCAACCUGGGCAGCGCCAAGCUCAGCUUUGAGACCAGCUUGGUGUCGGUGGAGGGGCUGUCCCGGCUUGUUGACCCUUCCCAGCUCACGGCUGAUCUUGGUGGCUCAUUGGAGUAUGACCAUGUGGAAUGGACUGAGCUGCGUCUGGGUCUUGAGGAGUUCUCAGGGGCUGCCAUGCAGCUGCUGGCUCAGUUGGAGCAGCUGGAGACUGGACUGAACCGCAUCCCGGAGCCUCAGGAUGUUGACGAGGCCAGAAAACUUCUGGAGGAGCAUAAUCGUCUCCGCAACACCAUUGCCACUGCACCAGUCGACACUCUCGACCGAGAAGGGCGGAGCUUGCUUCAGCGCAUGCGCUUGGGCCCCUCUCAUGGCGAUGGCUCUAACGAGGGAGGAGGAAGUGGCGGCACCUGGCUGUCAGGAGGGGCAGACUUCCAGAGCGUGGCACCAAAGGUUUCAUCUCUGCUGGACCGGCUGCAGGCAGCUCGCACCCACCUGCUCCAGAGCUGGAGUGACAAGAAGCUGCACUUAGACCAGGCACUGCAGCUGCACCUGUUUGAGCAGGAUGCCACCAAGAUGUCAGAGUGGAUCGCUCACAGUAAAGAACUCUUCAUGCAGAGCGUGACAGAAGUUGGUCAGAACCACCAACACGCUGUCGACCUCCAAACACAACACCAGCACUUUAUUGCCAACUGCAUGAACGGCAGCGUGAACGUGGACAGCGUGGUUACCGUGGCAGCAAGACUCGCCGAGGCCGGUCAUUAUGGCGCAGAGCGGAUCGCCAUGGUGUCGUCACGUUUACAGGAAGACUGGAAGUCUCUGACGACAGCGCUGGAGGCACGAAGUAACACGCUCGCCAUGGCAACCAGCUUCCACCAAGGGGCGGAACAGUUCCUGUUGCGGGUUGAGGGCUGGGUUAAAAUGUGCUCUGAGGGGUCACUGCCGUCUGCAACCGCAGAGCUUGAAGCUGCGGUUAAAAAACACCAAGAGCUCAAUGAGGAGAUAUCCGCCAACUACACACAGGUCAGUGAAAGCGGUAAAGCGUUAUUGGACGUCCUGCAGCGAAGCUCGCCAAGUGAGUCUGAUGAGUCAGCAACCAAACCAGAUUUCACCGCCGCCACGCACACAAUCAUGGGAGUUCUGCACCAGGAGAUGCAGGGUCACCACGAGGUAGAGGGAGCCUGGCAGCAUCGGAAGCUUCGACUACACCAGCGCCUACAGCUUUGUGUGUUUCAACAGGAUGUUAGACAGGUUCUGGACUGGGUGGAGCAGCAUGGAGAGGUUUUCCUCAACAAACACACCGGUGUGGGGAAGUCUCUGCACCGAGCACGAGCGCUGCAGAAACGACACGACGACUUCCAGCAAGUUGCACAGAACACGUACACCAACGCAGAGAAGCUUCUGGAGGCAGCGGAUCAGCUGGCUCAGUCUGGAGAGUGCGAGGAGGAGGAGAUCUACCAGGCAGCUCGAGACUUGGAGCUCCGCAUGCAGGCCUUCAUCCAGCGGGUCGAGCAGAGGAAGCUGCUGCUGGAUCUCGCCGUGUCUUUUUAUACACAUACAAAGGAGCUCGCAGUGUGGAUGGAGGGCCUCCAGAAGCAGCUCUCCUCAGACAUCCUGGUUUGUCCGGACACCGUGGAGGCUCUGCAGGCUUUAAUCAGCCAGCAGCAGCAGCAACAGGCCAACACGCAGGAAGCCGCGAUGAGUGUCAUCAGGGAAGGAGAAGACCUCAUCCUUCAACUCAGGCCUCAGGGCAGCUCAGUGGCCCACGUGGAGUCAGUCUUACAGCAGCUGGAGGAGUCUCACGCUCAACUUGAGGAACUUUUCCACCAGAAGAAGAUCCGACUAGAUAUCUUCCUACAGUUCCGCAUUCUUCAUCAGUGCACGUUGGAGGUGACAAGUGAAAUAGAUGCUUGGAAACAGGAUCUCCAAAAACAGUCCCAGGAUUUUUCCAGUGAGAAGCUAACAUCUCCACGGCUAGCGGAAACAAACCAGGACCAGUUAGCUCAGGACAAACUAGCCCUGGGACAGUCACGCCUAGUGGAGUCUAGCCCCGAGGCACUAACAUUAGCACAGCAACGUAUUCACAGGCACAUGGAGCGAAGGCUGGCUAUGAACAAUAUGAUCUAUGAGGUCAUCCAGCAAGGUCAUGAUCUUCAGCAGUAUAUGUCAGAGGUUCAGGCAUCAGGCAUCGAGCUUUCAGAAGUGGAGGGGGGUCUCUCUUCCCAGGUGGAGGAGCUGCAGCGCCUCCUGCAGGACAAACAGAAGGAACUGCAGCAGAUUGCGGAUCACACGCACACACAUCUGGAGCAGAACCUGCAGCUGAGACAUCUGCAGAGCCAAGUCAAACAGGUGUUGGGUUGGAUCUCUGAAGGGGAGGUGAUGCUGUCAUCCUGCAUGCUGAAUUCCAGCUGUUUGUCUGAAGCUGAGCAGCUGCAGAGGGAGCACGAGCGCCUCCAACAGGCCAUAGAGGCUUUGCUGCACGCUGACUCCCUGCAGAGGACUCAUCAGGUGGCUCUGGCUCUGCAGCAGAGAGCAGAGCUGCUGGUCAGGUCAGGCCACUACGAUCCCGACGCAGUUAGGGCUUGUGCCCAGACCGUGGCGCUUCACUGGCAGACGCUGAUGUUGAGGAUUGAAGACAGACUCAAACUGGUCAAUGCAUCUGCUGCCUUCUACCGGACAUCUCAGCAGGUGUGUGGUGUCCUGGAGAGUCUGGAGCAGGAGUACCGCAGGGAGGAGGACUGGUGUGGAGGAGGAGAGAGGCAGCCUGAGCAGCUGUUGCCGCUCAUCAGCAAACACAUGGAACAGAAAGAGGCUUUCCUGAAGGCAUGCACUUUGGCAAGAAGGAACGCUGAGGUUUUCCUCAAAUACAUUCAUCGCAACAGCGUCACCAUGGCAAACAUCUCUGGUCAUAAUGUCACUGUUUCUGGGGUAACUGGUGUUACUGAGGUCACUGGGCACUCCAGAGUGCCAGAGCAACAGGUCAAAGGUAUUCUCAGUGAGUUGCUCCAGAGAGAAAACAGAGUCCUUCAUUUCUGGACUUUGAAAAAACGCAGACUGGAUCAGUGCCAGCAGUACCUGAUGUUCCAAAGCCAUGCCCAGCAGGCUCUUGAUUGGCUGCAACAGUCAGGUGACCACUACCUGGCUACACAUACAUCGCCCGGGGCAGCAAUGGCUGAGACACAAGAGCUGCUAAACCAACACAGAGAGUUUUGUAUUUCUGCCAAGCAUACACAGGAGAAGGUUCACCUGCUGAUUCAGCUGGCUGAGAGCAUGCUGGCUAAAGGCCACGCCCACCGCACUGAGCUCCGCCGCUGCGUGUCCACGGUGGACAAACGUUACCGCGACUUUACCGUCAGGAUGGGACAGUACCGUCACCUGCUGGAGACAGCUCUGGGUAGCAGUUCGCAGGACAAUAAGGAUUUGGAGUUGGAGCUGAUCCCUAACAGUUUGUCUGACUCGGACCCUGAAGUCAACCUGUCUGACCCGAGUCACCAAGUCAGCGACGAGAAGAGACGCUCUGCCCGCAAAAAAGAAUACAUCAUGGCUGAACUCCUUCAGACAGAGAGAGUCUACGUCCGAGACCUGCAGGAGUGUAUAGAGACAUACCUGUGGGAGAUGACAAGUGGCUCAGAGGACGUCCCACUUGGUCUCAACAACAAGGAUGACACUGUGUUCGGAAACAUCCAGGACAUCUAUGAGUUUCACAACAG